AUGUACGAUGUCGUAAUAGUUAAUGAGAUGCGGGAUUUGAAUCAACUUGAGUUGGCAAAGUACAACUCGCAGACGGAUGAACGCUCUAUAUCAGGUUCCACCAAUAUAAGAAGACAGCCCAUCUUGUCUUCGAAUCCUAGCGACCUCUACUCCCAGAGUUUCAAUUUCCAAAGUUUUCUGCAGAAAGGAGUUGAUCCUCGUACUGGACAAUACACCGUCAGUAUUCAACUCUUUGAUGCGCCAUCGGAGACUCGCAACUGUCCGUCACUCAAACUAUCUUUGAGCUACAAUCCCCUCAACACCAAAGAUAUCGGGUUGGGUACUGGCUGGUCCUUUAAUCUACCCUCCUACAACCAUCGCCAAGGCAAGACUCUGUUGCUCUCGACGGGGGAAAACUUCCAGGCCACUGAGACGACCAGUACCUUUUUCAUCCAGGACCAGAAGCUCAAGAGCUUCCAGGCAAAAAGAACGGGAUCGUCAGCAGGAUCUACUUAUGAGGUGGCCUACAAAUCAGGCCAGGUAGAGAUUCUCUCCGGUUUCAACAACACUUACAACCAAUCGGUUCCAAUCACCAUCUACGGCGCAAACGGUCGCUCACUCAGUCUGGAGUGGACCCGCAAUGGUGAACAGCCACGACUGAGCAAGAUCCAAGACGGUGAUGAUGUUUUGCUAGAAGUUCAGUAUUCCGAUGCGCAGGUAACCAUCACCAAGGCGCCUGGAACUACCGCGGCCAGCAUCUUCACGCUUAUCCGGCGUAAUGCGCAAUUAACCCAGCUUAAACUGCCGCUGGACGAUGACACGCCCCCGUGGCAGUUUUCGUACAACUCCCUCAGCAACGGAUUUGUGUGUGUCUCACAGGUGACAAGCCCUACUGGCUUGGUUGAAGAGGUCAAUUACAAGCAAGAUGGUCAUCAGCUGCCCUCUGGGGCGCCUUUUACGAGUAUUCCAUACGUGGUGUCUCAUGUGGCGCGUCCAGGCCGUCAGCAGCCAGCCAUCAAGACUACCUACAGCUACUCCUCAUAUAACUUCCUGGGUUGUGGAGGAGCACGGCAGUGGAGUGAUACCGGGGAUAACCUGUACCAGGUGCCUGCGGAAUACCAGUACACAUCCAUGGCGCAGCUGGAGGGUGGAGCAACCACUACCUAUACUUACAAUAAGUUCCACUUGACCACCAAGAUCGUGGAACAACUGAGCACGAAAAAGACUACCCAGGACAUCACAUAUCAUGCGACUCCGAAUACAGCAUUUGACGAUCAGCCUGCGCAAUACUUGCUACCAAGAACGGUUGCGAUCACUUAUGCGGACACAACUGCCUCCAGUCGAACAGAAACAACAACCACCGAGUUUGACGAAUGGGGCAAUCCUACUUCGGAGAUCAAACCGGAUGGCUUGAUUACCACUCGCACAUACUACACCGCAGAUGGAGAGGCAGAUUUCCCGGCUGACCCUCAUGGUUUCCAACGGUACUUGAAAACGGAAACAGUGACCCCGGCGGAGACGUCCUUUGCUGCACCGACCAGAACAGAGAAAUUUGGUUAUUCGGAGCUUCCUACCUCAAGCAAUGCGACAGUGCAGACAUUUGUUCUGCAAUCAUCGCGCGCCACUCUUGAGGGGGACACUUCGCUGACCACUGCCGAGUAUACGUAUGUCAACCAGCCAGACUCCCGCGAUCAUGGACGUGUCCAAGAACAAAAAACAUGGCUAUCCUCGAAAGACAACGCCACAACCCAGACAUUUGCCUACGAGUAUCUCAAUAGCGGCGAAUUGAAAAAGACACUCAAUACGGCCAGCUUUGACGGCGUUUCGGCCAAAUAUGUGACCGUCCAUUCCCUGUCGUCUGGCAAGGUUACAGGACAGACGGAUGAUGCUGGUAUCCAGGAUGUCUUCCAAUACGAUGCAUUGGGCAGAUUGGUCAAAGCCGCAACAGCGAUUGACACCGACCAGGAAGCAGUCCGCUACAACAGUUACGCCAUUCCUGACGACGGCAGUAGUGGCAUGGUGCUGUCAGUCACGGAUGCCAAAGGUGUCCAGACACAAUACAUUUCCGACGGCCUGGAGAGAAUCUGCCAAGUGAAGAGACAAGAUGAUGAUGGUUCGUGGGAUACAUCUACUAACACAUACUCCGGCACUUUUCGCUUACUGCAGGAGCGCAACUACAAUGCUCUGGGCCAACAUGUUGAACAAACUGACAUUGACUGGCUGCGUACCCAAGAUAGCGAUCCAACGGAACUACGAAUAACCAAGGAACUGCAGUAUGACGACUGGGGUCAGGUCCUGAAGACGGUAAACAAUAGCACAGGCGUCACGACGAUCUCAGCAACGGAUCCUAUCAGCCUGAGCCAAACAGAAGGAAUCGAGGGCGAAGGCCAAACUGUCACGCAGCUCAAUCUGUCCGGCGUGCCUACUCAAAUCCGCCUUCUGGGUAAAGAUGGUACCGAGUACAGCAAGCUCACGUACAGCUAUGACGGCCUGGGACGAUUGGUGGAAGAAGAAGAUGCCUUGGGUCGCAAGACAACAUACCAAUCUGACUCAUUUGACCGAGUCACUAAGACCGCAUGGGUGAGCGGCCGGGAAGUCAACGUCCAGUAUGCCACCCAAAGCGCGGCAGCUCUCCCGACCUCACUCCAAGUCAACGACACAAACCUUGGCGGACAGUCUUUCGACGGAUUGGACCGAUUGACGCAGCGAACAGUCGGCGGGCGCAGUCUGACGCAAUCCUACCAGGGCAGCACCCCAGAGCCGACCCAGAUUGCCACGAACAAGGGCGACUUCAAGCUCACAUACGAGCCGGCUGAAGGCUCAUCCAGCACCGCAGAUCGUCAAUACUUCCCGUCAGGUCUACUGAAAAGUGAAGCACUCGACCUCAGCGAAGGUACCGCAUCCUUUUCUACACAGUCGACAUACUCGAUGGCCGGGAAGUUGCAAGGAUAUACCGACGUCCAUGGAAAGGAAUACCAGAACACAUAUAAUAGUGCAGGCCGCCUGAGUGCCUUGACUGUAGGAUCCCUCACGGUCUCUUAUUUCUAUGACAGCGCCAACCGUCUGUCCGGCACAACAGUUCAAGACCAAGAGCAUGACUCUAGCUUGACCACAAACCUUGUCUACGAUGACUUCGGUCGAGAGAUUGAGCGCACAGUGUUGCAAGGGGAGAAACAGGUGUCUAGACUAACUCAGUCCUUUGGCGAGACGAGUCUUGUCACCACGCGGCAAGUAGAAGAAAGUGGGAACAUUGUCCGAAAUGAAUCAUUUGCCUACGACGAGCACAACCGUUUGGUCAAGUACACAUGCGAGGGAAGUCAACUUCCGAAAGAUGAAAAGGGACAUGAGAUCCAAUCCCAGGAUUUCACCUUCGAUAACCUCGAUAACAUAACAUCUGUCACAACAGGUUUUCAAGAUGGCACCCAAAACACGGCAACCUACUCAUACAGUCAGAGUGAUCCAACCCAGCUCAGCCAGAUUGAAAACAGCCAUCCCGAUUUCACACCUCAAAUCACUCUGGUAUAUGAUGCCAAUGGAUGUCUCAUCCAAGAUGAGCAAGGCCGUACCUUGGAAUACGACAGCGGUGGCCGCCUGGAAUCAGUCAAAGACAGCAGUGGCAACAUAAUCAGUCAAUACAAAUAUGACGCGGCUGGUAGACUGAUUUCCCAGUCAAUCCCUGACCAGCCAUACACCCAGCUAUUCUAUCGACAGGACAAACUAAUCAGCGUCAAGUCUGGAGACCGCCAAGUCAGCUAUAUAUCUGCUGGCAAUGAAUACCUGGGACAAAGUACUCAGACCGGCGAUUCUACGGAGAUUCAGCUCUGGGGAUCUGACGCUAAUGGCUCUGUGCUCAACUGGUUCGACACAGCACAGCCAGAUCAGAUCCAGCAACAGCAGUACACGCCCUAUGGCUUCAGCGCCCCCGAUUCCGCCUUCUCCAUAGGCUUCAAUGGCCAGUGGCGUGAUCCAGUCACAGGAUGGUACCAUCUCGGUAACGGAUACCGCGUCUACAACCCCGUCUUGAUGCGCUACCAUGUCCCCGACCCCGGUAGCCCGUUCGGCACAGGUGAAGUCAACGGCUACGCUUACUGCCUGGGCGACCCCAUCAACCGCAUCGGCCCAAGCGGCCAGUGGAGCUUCUUUGGGCUCUUCGAUUUCAGCUGGGCAGAUCUAGUGUCUACCGUGAUCAGCGUGGUAGUAAGUGUUGCAGUCGGCGUCCUCACAGCCGGAGCAAGUGUGGCCAUCGAGAUCGGCGUGGGAAUCGCAGCCGGAGUCGCAACCAGUGUCGCAGUCGGAGUAGGAGAAGACCUAAUCGAAGGGCGAAUGCCAACAUGGAAGUCCGUUGGAAUCGACGCGCUCGCCGGCUUGGUUGGUGGUGUGCUCGGCGAGGCUGGUGGCCGGUUUAUAGCUUCUGGACUCAAAUUCGCCACCAACUUCAAGAGCUUCAUCGGACGAGCUGGCUCAUAUACGGUCAAUGAGGCUGCAAAGACGGGAUUCGAGACUUUCAAGGAAGCUGUCACGGGGGCUGUGGAAGGUGAAGUUGCCGGUCAGCUUAGCUACGGCUUCUACGGCGAUGCACUCUCCAGCGCGUUGGACAGAGAUGACUCCUCAUCGUCCCAGCAGGUUUCGAGUUCAUCACCGGUAACUAGCUCACCGUCAUCGUCUCAACCCUCUCAGAAGGGCCAGGUGGUCGCGGUCAGAGAGGCGUCGUUGGCUAGAGACCCCAUCAGACUUUCUCUGCGGGAUGGUCAAUCCACCGUUUCUUCUAAUCGAGACCGCGCAUUCGGUGAAGAUGCCGGCAAGUCCAUUCCUGGUAUGUUGAAUCGCCAGCUCAAGUGCACGUUCGGGCCUCUUGGAGCAUCGCAGGGCAAGCGGCAAGCGACGGGAAGUGGUGCACUUGAGUCUUUGGAGAAGAAGAGAAGAUCGUGUGCGUCGGUGAGGAGUCAGAUUCGGGCUCAAGGUGUUUGAUUGAGUAGUUUAUAAGAGUUCUUUCUGUGAAGGAAAAGUUUGAUGCAUGAAAGAUGGAUUAGCAUUUUUAAAUGGGCUUUCUGUUGUCCGUCUCUC